AAUGAACUUCUGCCAAUAAAAGAUCUUCAUAAGUUCAAAGAAACAAUAAACAAUUACCUAGUUAGUAGUGUAGUACACCUUAAUUUCUGAUACCAUUGUGUUCCCGCCUUCCCGGGAAAACCCUUUCGCUAUGAUUUGGGAAAUUCUUGUAAGUAUGACGUCUUACUUUCUUUUUUCUUUUUGUUGUUUUUUAGUUUUUUGGAGAUCGAAGCACGGUUUCGUAUCUUCGGCAUUUGCAUUCCGAUCUCGAAAUCACUUGGGAGCUUGUGAGUCAGUGGCAUUUUCGGAUUUCACGACACGGAUUGAAGCGGCUGGGCUUCCUCACUUGACCGGCCUCGGAACCUGACUACACGGCGGCAUUGGUAGCAGCCGCCGGCCGAUUUGGAGAUCUAAUUGAGGUCACGGAGCUAUGCCGCUCGACUACAAGGCUUUUGGCGCCAAACUUUUGUUGGUUAACCACUGGUUUGGAAAUUGUUUUCACUUUGUUCAUCGAGUGAUGACGAUUUGGUCGAAUGAGAGAAGUCCCACUUCUGGGAGGCAGCGGAAGAGAUUGUUUGGUUAUAAUAAUGAUCAGUUUCAUGGAUCCCCAUCUAAUCUCAAAAAACAAAAGAUUGAUGUUACCACUAAAUAUCCUGAAUAUUUUGAUGGCUUGCAUGCAAGUGCUGAGACUGUUGUGCUAGCCCUGCCUGCUGCAAGACGUCUUGCACCCAGUCAUGUUGAUAAAAGUUCUGGUAGCCAACAUAUAUCAAGCAAAGAGCUUGAUGCUUCUAAGCCAAGAACGGGCAGCAUGGAAGUAGAUUUGCCAGCCAUUCUGAAGGGGACAAAUUUAUAUAAUGUGGCAUCAGGUGAAGAUUGUUCCAAAGGUUAUGGUGAAACAUGCAAACUGGUCCAAGUGAGAAGAAAUUAUGAUAGCGAUAUAGUGGAAGUGGAAGGUCAUGGAAUUUGUAAUUUGAUUCCACAUGAAUCGAAUUCAUUUCAAUCAAAUCAUGAAUCCUCGUUAAGUAACGAUAGGAUUCAUGAGCAGCUGGGCAAGCAAAUUGUUGAUGGUGAGCGCCAAAGACUUUGUUCUCGGUACAAAAAAACGAAGAAACUUAUAGACAAGAACAAGCACGUAGACUCUGUGGAUUCAGAACAGAAUCUAGUGAUCAGCCCCACUUUAUGUAAUGAUUCUGCCUCAGAGUAUUUGAACAUUGCUCCCACAAAUGAGUGUUCCCUAGUUGACUCUCGCAAGCAAGUCUUGGAUGCUUUAGAACAUUUCAAACAAGUAUACAACAAGCUUUUGGAAGAAGCCAAACGUGGUUUGAUUAAAAAUGCAAAAGGAGGUGUGCCAAUGAAAGCUGCAUCUUUCCUAAGGAAACAACAAAAAUGGUUGCAAGACAAACCAACCUUUGGCGUUAUUCCUGGGGUUAAGAUUGGUGACACCUAUCAAUUUAGGGUGGAACUUGCAAUUGUGGGACUCCAUCUCCAAUAUUUUGCCGGCAUAGAUUAUACAGAUUUGAAUGGAAAAUUCCAUGCAACAAGUGUUGUGGAUUCUGGUCAUUAUGAAAAUGAGGUUAAAUCUCUUGACACACUCAUCUAUGUUGGUUCUGGUGCAAAUAAGAAACUAGAUGAUCAAAAGCUCGAGAAGGGUAAUCUUGCCUUGAAGAACUCCAUGGAUGCAAAGCUUCCUAUAAGAGUUAUCCGUCUCCAAAAAACUGUAGGUAUGAGUAGCCAGGGAUACACUUAUGCGGGGCUGUACAUUGUGAGCAACUAUAAGCAAGAAAGAGACCAAAGGGGCAAAUCGGUGUUCAAGUUUGAAUUGCAUAGACUCUCUGGGCAGCCAAAUCUUACUCUCCCAAUGGCGUGGGACUGGCAGCCAAUAGAAUUGUCUGAAAGAGAAGGCGGUGUUAACAAUCGAGUUGUGGUAGAUGAUGUAUCACAAGGGAAAGAAAAGUUUCCCAUUCCUGCAGUGAAUGAUAUUGAUGAUGAAAAACCACCACCUUUUACUUACAUAACCAAAAUGGUAUAUCCUUGUUGGUUUCAUUGUCCUUCGCCAACGGGUUGCAACUGCAAAAAUGGAUGUUCGGAUUCAAAGCCAUGUUCGUGUACACAUAGGAAUGGAUGUGAGAUUCCAUUCAACAAUAGAGGCUCUAUACUUAAAGCAAAGCCAGUUAUCUACGAGUGUGGGCCAUCUUGCAAAUGUCCCCCUUCUUGCUAUAAUAGAGUUAGCCAAAAUGGUCCAAAAUAUCAAUUGGAAGUUUUCAAAACCAAGUCUAGAGGAUGGGGUGUCCGAUCACGAGAUUAUAUCUCUUCGGGAAGUUUUAUAUGUGAAUAUCUUGGAGAGCUGCUUGAUGAGAAAGAAGCUGAAAAAAGAACCGACUGUGAUGAAUAUCUCUUUGAUAUUGGUAACUACGAUGAAGGAGAGGAUAGUGAUAUUGCUGAUAUUUGUAGGAAGGAUAGCGAUGGGUUCACGGUUGACGCAGCCCAAUUGGGAAACGUGGGGAGAUUCUUCAACCAUAGUUGUUCCCCCAACCUUUAUGUGCAAAAUGUUUUGUUUGAUCAUGAUGACAAGAGAGCCCCUCAUCUAAUGUUGUUUGCUCAAGAGGGUAUACCACCUUUGCAAGAGCUAACUUACGACUAUAAUUAUAAGAUGGAUCAAGUUCGUGAUGCAAAUGGAAACCUCAAGAAGAAGAACUGCUACUGUGGUUUCCCCGAAUGCACUGGAAGAAUGUACUAAGGAAGCCGUCUUACUUUAGAUCCAUCGUACUCUGUCAAUCGCCCAUGCAUUGUAAGUGGACUAAGUUUCCUUUCAAGUACAUAAUUACAAGAUGGUUCAAGUUCGUGAUGCAAAUGGAAACCUCAAGAAGAAGAACUGCUGCCAUGGUUUUAUAUAAUUAUAAGAUCGAUCAAGUUUGUGAUGCAAAUGGAAACCUCAAGAAGAAGAACUGCUGCCGUGGUUUUCCCGAAUGCAAUGGAAGAAUGUACUAAGGAGGCCGUCUUGCUUUAGAUCCAUUGUACCGUGUCAAUCCGCCAUGCAUUGUAAGUGGACUGAGCUUCCUUUCAGGUAUAGAUAAUAUAGUGUUGGAAAUGUACUGACUUUUGCACUUAUCUAUAGAGAGAACAAGCACCUAGACACACUAAGAAGGGUUGUUUUGGGUUGUAUUUUUUCCAAAAAUGUUUUGUAAUAUUGAUGACACAUUUUGAGAUGUAUGUUGACAUUAGAUGACAACCCAAUCUUGGAUGAUGAUGUGUGUGAUGAAAUGCUUCAAAUUGUGAGAUAUACUCCCCAUUGGUAUUGAAGAAUUCAAAUUCUAUGCAUUUGUA